AUGGCUCCGAUGUGGGGGCUAACCAUCCCACUGCCACCAUAUGUCAGCCUUCUACUAUUAUUUGGUUUCCUUGUCUGGGGACUUUGGGUGCUGUUUUCUGGGAAAGAGAGUAAAGAGCAGGUGGCAGCCAAGACACACUCAGAGACUUCAAAGCAGCAUAAGUUGAAAAAGAUCCAGAAAUUCACAGGUCUAGAUCCUAUCCUUUAUUCAUCAGUUCAAAAUCCACAGUGGGAAGAAGAUCUCAGAAUGGGUCGCAUUGAAGCUAAUCUGACAUGCUUUUCAGGACUCCCUGUGGGAUGGACCCAGGAAUAUGUACUCUCAUCAAUGGACAGGAGCCUUCAACAGAUCUUUCAACACCUGCAAAGUGCAAGAUCAAGUCUUAUGGAACUGAGUUUGCCUGAACUACAGGAUAUGAUUUCUUCUUCCACCUCCUCUGUUUUUGUGGCUCAGGACCCUAAUCUACCCUGUUGUGACUCUAAGAAGGCAAAACAUUCUAUUGACAGUAGCAUCUCCCCUGGAUCGUCCUAUGACUCCAGCCUGUCUCACAUUCCUUUUUCCAAAGGAACAACUUGGCAAUUCCGGAGCCAUAGUUUACCUAUUUUACCCCAAAAUCAACCGCCUGUGUUCAGGAACCAAGGCACAUCCCUGCCUUCUUUUGGGCUCUCAGAGCUUGAGAAAUCAAAACUUUUUCAGAAUUUGGCAGCUCUUUCAUCCUUAAGACCUCAAAGCACUUUUAUCAGCUCUCUUUUUGAAUCCCCAGAUCUCCAAACACAAGAAGAGAAAACAAAGGAUGAGAGAAGGAGCAAGAGUCAUUUGACAUCAGAUCACAGGCCAAAUGCUAUUUUCAAAGAAAGACCACUACUGUCAGGGUCAGCUUCAAUCCAGCUCUCUCCUUUGGCUAGGUGGGAGUUAGAGGGACAUAUGGCUUGGAAGGUUUAUACUUUGCGGGAACAAACAGUACCUCUGCCUGUGAGGGAAUCAUGGGCAAUGUUGAAUUAUUUAAUUGAUGUAAAAGGAGGAGUCCCUGAACCAGAGAAACCCCAAAUCCAGUUAUCAAUGCCCAUUCAUCAAAGUACUGAGCAAACUAUCAACAAUGAAUCCCCAGACCUUCCAUCAUUUCAGCUCCAAGUGAACAUUGGAGUGGAAUCUGGAUUAAAUAGAACAGAAACAAAAAUUUCACAGACUCUUAUCCCAGGUAAACAGUCACAACCUGGGGAUGGCCCUCAAAUCCUUGGAUCCAGGCCCUUAAUGACAUCAUUGGGCACUCAGCCGUCCAAAAGUUUAGGAGUUGACAUAGCUCAGGAGAAAACGACUUUACUGCAGAAGGACCCCAAACAUGUGCUAGAGCUUAGUAUAGAGCAGAGGGUCAUAGGUCUUCCAGAAAAAAUGAUACAGCAGCAUAAGACCCAAGUGACUAAUGUGGAGCUGACCCCACAGCUACCAUAUCAAGGUACAGAUAGCAUAAAGGUUACUCCACUGGCAUUACUUCAAGUCAUGGAUUCAAUGGGGAUGAUUCCAGAAUCACAUUCAGAAGUGAUAGAAUCUGUGGGUUCAUUCCCACAGCCACCAAAUGAAGUUGUGAAACCAGUGGGAGCCAUGGAUACAGUGAGUGUAAGCCUAAAACCAUCAUAUCAAGUCAUUAAGUCAGUGGAGGUAACCCCAAGGCCUCAGCAGCAAGUUAUGGAAACAAGGAAGAUGACCUCAAGACAGCUGAAUCAAGUCAUAGGUAAUGUGAAGGUAACUCCUAUAGCAUUGCUUCAAGUCAUGGAGUCUAUGGGGAUAGUUAAAAAAUCACAUCCACCUGUCAUACAGUCAGUGGGAGUAACCCCAAGGAUGCAAUAUCAAGUCAUGGAGUCAGUGAAAAGGACCACACUGUUGGACCAACAUGUCAUACAACCAGGAAAGAUGAGUCCACGGCUACGGCAUACAGUCAUGGAAACUUUGGAAAUGACCCCAGGGCCACAGCAUAAAGUUAUAGAAUCAGUGGACGUAAGCUCAGGGCCACAAAGUCAAGUCACAGAACCACUGAAGUUUACUCCAGGGCCAAUAUGUAAAAAUACAAAAUCAGUUGAAAUGAUCCCCAGGCCAUUGCAUCAAGUGAUGGAUUACAUGAAAGUAAGUCCAGUGGCACUAUUACAAACUAUGGAUUUCAUGGGGAUAAUUCCACCAACACAGUCACAUGUUAUAGAAUCUGCGGAUUUGGCCCCCAGUUCACAGUUGCAAGGUAUGGAAUAUGUUCAUUUGACCCUACCAUCAGAGUUUCCAGGUAUAAAAACUGUGGAGUUGACUCUAAGACAAGAAGCUAUGAAAUCUGUGGAGUUGACCCCAAAGCCAUGGUUACAAGAUAUAAGAUCUGAGGAGACAGCCCCAGUACCAUUGCUUGAAGAUGUGAAAACUCAAAUGGGAGAAAGUAGGAGGCUGAUUCCUGAGACACAGUUAGAAGGUAUGAAAUAUGAGGAACUGAUUCCAGGAGCACACAUUCAUGCGGUAAAAUCUAUAGAGUUGAACACCAAACCAAAUCAUCAAGUCACAGAACCUGAGGGACUGACCCCAUGGCAUCAAGCUUCAGAAUCUUUAGGGAUGAUCUCAGAGCCAGGAUAUCCAGAAACAGAAGCAAAGUUGACCUCUGACACUUGUCACUAUGCAAAAGAGUCUAUGGGGUUGAUACAGUCAUCUUUAGGAAAUACUCCAGAGCCAUUGAGCCAAGCUUCAGAAUUUAUGCAGAUGAACUCAAUGUCAUUCCAAGGUAUUCUUGAGCCAAUGUUCCAAAGUGUAAAAGUCAUGGGGGAUACUCCAGUGUCACAGCACACAAUACAAGAAUCUCUAGAGUUGGUACCAGGAUCAGAGAGGCAAGGUAGGAAAUCAAAGAUGUUGACCCCAGAGUCCCAAGGUAUGAAGUUUGUUCAUCUGAAUCUAGGACCAUAUUCAGAAGUUAUGGACUCUGAGGAAAUGACUCCUCUAAGGCCACAUCUUCAAGUUACAGAGCCAUUAGAGAUACCUCUAAGGUCAGAAUAUGAAAACACAGAAACUGUACCACCAUAUUCAGAAAAAAGAUCUCUGGAAUUGACUUUAGAACCAGGGAUGCAGUAUGAGAUAUCAAAGCCACUACUGCAAAAUUUGAAAUAUGUGAAGUUAACCUCUGAGUCAUCCCCAUUAGUGGUAGGAUCUAAACAGUUUAUUACAGGACCAAAACCACGUCUUAUGGAGUUGACCCCAGAGCCACAGCUCCAGGGAGUAAAGUCCAGGCAGUUGGAGCCAGAGCCAAAAUUAGAAGAUAUGAAAUAUGUUAAUUUAAUUCAACAGUCAACUACCACCGGAGUGGUAGAAUCAGAGAAGCCAAUACAAGAGCCAGUGCUACAAAGUAUGAUAUCAGAGGAAUUGACUAAGGAGGCACAGCUCCAAGGUGUGACCCUAGGGCCACAGUUGCAUAGUGUGAGAUUUUCAGAGUUAUCUCCAGAGCUGCCACUUCAAGGAAAAAGAAUGACGGAUUUAACCUCAGGGUCUCCACAUCAUGUUAUGAAAUCUGAUGAGUUGACCCCAGGUUUCCCAGUGCAAGAAGUAAAAUUGUCAGACUUUAUCCCAGGAUCAGAGUAUCAAAGUGUUGUAUCUGUACAGUUGACUGCAGAACCACAACCUCAAAGUAUGAAAUUUGUGGAAGUAAACUCAGGACCAUGCUUGCAAGAUGUCAGAUUUUCUGAUUUGACCCUAGAACCAAAGCAUCAAGGUUUCAAGCAUGUGCAGUUUAUACCAGAGUCACAGCUUCAAGAUAUAAAGUCUGUAGGGUUUGUAACAGAGUCAUCUUUGCAGUUAAGGCAAGGGCUUCCAGUUGAAAAUAUGAAAUCUGUUCUGUCUAUUGAAGGAUCACAGUUUCACAGCAUGAAAUCUGUCACACAGACCUCAGAACUACAAUUUCAAAAUGAGAAAUCUGAGGAACUGAACCUAGGGCCAAGGCAGCAAGAUGUCAAAUUUUCUGAAUUGACUUCAGGGCCAAAGCUUCAAGGUGUCAGAUUUGGAAAGCAAACCCGAGGAUCACUCUUUCAUGGUGUGACUUCUGUGGAGACAACUCUAGAGUUAGAACUUCAAGAUUCUAAAUCAACAAAGAGAUCUCCAGGGCUUCAAGGUGUGAAACAGGUGGGGCCAUGGCUACAAGAUGUCAAAUUUUGUGAUCUGACAUCAGGAACUCAACCUCAAGGAGUGAAAUCUUCAGAGUUAAACUCACGGCCACAACUACAAUAUGUGAAAUUUUUUGAGUUAACUCCAGAGCAAGAGAUGCAAGGAGUAAGACGUAUGGAGUUGACCCCAGGACCUGAGCAGCAAGGGGUUAAGCCUGAGAUGUUAGUACCAGAGCUUCUGUUUCAAGGUGUAAAAUGUGUGGUGGCUGACCAAAAGUCAAGCUUUGAAGGUGACAUUUCUUAUAAAUUAGUCUCAGAGCCACAGAUACCAGAUGCAAAAUCUAUGGAGUUGACUCCUGGACCACAAUUGCCAAGUGUAAACUAUUCUGAGUCGACCAGAAGACCACAGUUACAAGUUAUGAAAUAUUCUGAAUUGAUCCAAAGACCACAGUUGCAAGAUAUAAAACUGGUAGAGUGGACACCAAUCUCAAAGCUUCAAGGUUUACAAUCUGAGGCACUAAUGCCAGAGCCACAGCUGGAAGAUACGAAAUCUGUGGAGUUAACCUCAGGACCACAUUUGGGAACUAUGAAAUCUAUGCAGUUAACAUCAAAGCCACAGCUGGGAAAUGUCAAAUCUACAGUGUUAACCCCUGCGCCCCAGGUGGGAGCUGUGAAACUGGUAGAGGUGACCCCAGGCUCAAAUCUUCAAGGUUUAAAAUCUGAGUUGUUGAUCCCAGAGAAAGAUGUGAACUCUGUGGCCUUAACUCCAGGGCUAUGUCCAAGAGGUAGGAAAUCUACAUUGCUAACCCCAAGUCCACAGCUGGAAGGUAAGAAAUCUGUGGAGAUAACCUCAGGGCCACAGAUAGAAGAUGUCAAAUCUGGGAAACUCACCUCAGAUUCCAAGCUUCAAGGUGUGAAAUCUGAUGAGUUGGCUCUAUGUUCAAGAAAUCAGGAAUUAAAAACUGUGAUGUUGGUCCCAAGAACACAACUGCAAGAUGUGAAAGCUGUGGAAUUGAAACCUGGGCCAAGGAUGCAAGAUGAGAAUUCUGUGUUUUUUGCACCAAGGUCAUUGCUUCAAGGUCCUCAACUGCAAGGUAUGAAACCUUGGGAAUUGCCUGCCAAGCCACAAAUUCAAGAUGUGAAAAUUUUGGAGAUAACCCCACGUUCAAAGCUUCAAAGUUUAAAACCUGUAGAGGAGACUCCAGAUCCAGAGCUGCAAUUUGUAAAAUCUGUGAAGCUGACCCCAAGGCUAAAGAAGCAGGUAGUAAAAUCUGCAGAUGCGACCAGAAGACAAAAGUUUCAAGGAGUAAAAUCUGUGGAUUUGGCCCCAAAGCAACAGUUUCAAGACAAGGCACUUGUGAAUUUAACUCCUGGGCCAAAAAUGGUUGAUGAGAUAUCUGUAAUCUCACCAGAGCAGCAAUGUGUGAAUUCAGAGCCAUUGAAGAGAGGGUCUAAGUCAGAAGAUGGAAUGUCUUGGGAGUUAAUUCCAGAGCUAAAAUUUAAAGAUGGAAAAUUAGAUUUCAACUUUGAGUUAGAGUUGAAUGGUAGGAAAUCAUCUGAAUUGACUCCAGAAUCAAAUAUUCAAGGUGUAAAAUCUAAAGAGUUCAAACUUGAAGCACAGUUGCAAAGUAUAAAGUCUCCCAAGUUGACCCCAGGACCUCAGUUGCACCAAGUGAAAUCCUCAAAGUCAACUUCAGAGCCACAGCUUCAAGGUGUGAAAACUGUUGAGUUAAAACAAGAGCCACGGCCUGAAAGUAUGAGAUGUAUUCAGUGGAUACCAGGACUUGAGUUCCAAGGUGUGCAAUCUGUAGGGAUAAAUCUUGAGUCACAGUCUCAAGGUGUUGACUCUGUAGAGUUGAAAUCUUCAAUACAGUUAAGAGAUGUGAAGUCACCUGAACUGCCUCUGGGGCCAGAAAUUCAAGGUGCAACAUAUAUGAAGUUCAACCUUGGGCCACAGUUGCAGACUGUGAAAACUCCUGAGUUAUCCCCAGGACCACAGCUGCAAGAAGAGAAAUUUUUGGCAUCAACCUCAGAGCCACAGCUUCAAGGUAUGAAAACUGUGGAGUUAAAACAAAAGCCACAGCUUAAAAGUAUGAGAACUGUUCAGUGGAUGCCUGUACCAGUGUUGCAACGUGUAAAAUCUCUGCUAAAUCUUGGAUUGCAAUCUCAUUGUGUCAAACCAUCAGAGUUGAAACCUUUGAUACAACUAAGAGAUAUAAAGUCAUCUGUAUUGACUCCAAGGCCAGAUCUCCAAGGUAUACAAUCUUUGGCACCACUCCAAGAACCUCAGCCUCAAGAUCUCAAUUUGAAACCUUGUCUACAGUUUAGAAGUAUGAAAUCAUGUGACCUGACUUCCAAGUCAAAGCUCUGUGAUAUAAAAUCUAUGAUGUUCAAAUCUAGGCUUCACUUGCAUGAUGAGAAAUCUCCUAAGUUGACCCCAGGGCCAUGGCUUCAAGAAGUGAAACCAUUACAGUCAUCCCCAGGAACACAGCUUCAAGACGUGAAGUUUCUAUUGCUUACACAAGAGCCACAGUUUCCUGAGGUGAAAUCUGGGGUAUUAAGCCAAGGGUCACAAUUACAAAGUGAUAAUACUAUAGAGUUGAAUUCCCCACUACAUUUGAAAAGUAUUAAGUCAUCUGAGUUGACUCUUCAGGCAAAGCUUCAAGGUGUGAAAUCUGAGGAUUUCAACACUGGGCCCCAGUGGCAAGGUCUAAAAUCUUCUAAGUCACCACUGGAGACAAAGUCCCAAGAUAAGAAAUCACAGUUGCAAGGUACAACAUUUUCUAAAUUGACUGUUGGGACAAAGAUUCAAGAUAUCAAAUAUACAGAUUUUGACCCUGGUUCAUUGUUACAAGGUGUGAAAUCUUCUGAGUUGAUAAUGGGGACAAAGCUUCAAAAAGUGAAAUCAGUGGAAUUCAAGUCGGAUCCACAGUUGCAAGAUAUGAAAUCUUCCAAAUUGAUCAUGGGUAUAAAGCUUCAAGAUAUAAAAUCUAUGAGUUUCAGGUCUGGACCACACUUGCAGGGUGUAAAAUCAUCUGAAGUUAUCUCAAGCGAAAAGCUUCAAGGUGUGAAGACUGUAGAACUGAAAUGUUGUCCAAAGUUACAAGGUGAGAAAUCUUCUGAUUUGACUCCUGGGAGGAAAUUUCCAGGUGUAAAAUCUGUAGAGUUGGAUUCAGGCCCACACUUACAAGAUAUGAAAUAUUCUGAGCUGAUUAUGGGUAUAAAGCUUCAAGAUGUAAAAUCUAGGGGGUUAAGUUCUAGACCACACUUUCAAGGUAUGAAAUCUUCUGAAGUGAUCCCAGGGACAAAGCUUCAGGAAGCAAAAUUGGUGUUCAAAUCUGGACCACAGAUACAAAGUAAAAAACUUUCUGAGUUGAUUCAAGGGACAAAGCUUCAAGAUGUGAAAUCCUUAGAGUUCAAUGGACUAAAGUUACAAGGUAGGAAAUCUAAUUUAACCCAGAGGAGGAAGCUUCAAGGUGUGAAAUCAGUGGAGUUCAACCCUGGACCACAGAGACAGGGUGGGAAAUCUGAAUUGAUGCCAGAGUGGAGGCUUCAAGAUUUGAAAUCUGUUGUUCCACAGUUGCAAGGUGUGACAUCCUCAGAGUUAACACCAGAGACAAAGCUUCAACGUGGAGAAUCUGUGGCAUUCAUCACCAGGCCUGUAUGGCAAGAUAUGAAACCUUUUGAACUGACUCUUGGUACAAAGGUACAAGAUGUGAAAUCUUUGGGGGUUAACUCAGCUCCGCAGUUACAAGAUAGGAAAUUGUCUAUGUUGAGAGCAGAGGCACACCUUGAAGGUGUGAAAUCUAUGGAAUUCAACCCUGUGGCAAAGUUGCAAGGUGCAAAAUCUUCUGAGCCUAUAAAACUUCAAUUAAUGAACUCUACGGAGGCCAACCCUGGCCUAGAAUUUCAGGUUGCAAAACCCUCUGAGUUGGCCUUGAAAUCAAAGAUUCACAGUGGAAUAUCGUCUGAGAUCAAUGCUGGAAAGCAGUGGCAAGAUGACAAAUCUUAUAAAUUGAAUUCAUGGCCAGAGCUUCAAAAUGUAAAAAUCACAGUGUUCAAUCCUGGGACACAUUUGCAACAUAUAAAAUCUUCAGAAUUAUGCAAAGGGACAAAUCUUCAAGAUGUGAAAUUUUCAGAAUUCAAUCCUGACCAACAGUUGCAAGGUGUGAAAUCUUCUGACUUCUGUCUGGGAACAAGGCUUCAAGGUAUUCAAUCUUUAGAGUUCAAUUCUGGGCCGCAGUUGCAAGAUGUAAAAUCUUCUGAGUUGGAUCCUAGUCCAGAGCUUCAAGGUAGAAAAUCUAAGUUGCUCUGCACUGGGCCAGAUUUGCAAGGUGUGAAUUCUUCCACAUUCAUUUCAGAACCAAAACUUCAGUGUGCAAAUUCUACUGGAUGCAAUCCUGGGCCACAUUUGCAAGGUACGAACUCUUCUGAAUUAACUUCACCAAAACUACAAUGUUUAGAUUCUACGGGGUGCCAACAUAGACCACACUUGCAAGGAUGUGCAAAGUCUUUUGAAUUGAAUCCGGAGCCAAAAUUACAAUGUUUAGAUUCUAUGGGUUGCAAAUGUGGGCCACCCUUGCAAGGUGUAAAAUCCCUUGAGUUGACAUCAGGGAACAAAUGUCAAGAUAUGGAAUCUGAAGUGAAUCCACGCACAAAGAAUCUAUGUGAGACAUCUAUGGUGUACAACUCUGGACCACAUGGCCAAGGUCUGAAAUCUGAAUUGAGUCCAGAGUCAAAAUUUCUAAGUGUAGCACCCACAGAAUGCAACCCUGGGCCACAGAUGCAGUGUGCAAAGUCUUCUGAGUUGAAUCCAGAGCCAAAAUUACAAUGUUUAGAUUCUAUGGGUUGCAAAUGUGGGCCACCCUUGCAAGGUAUAAAUUCAGGGACAAAAUGUAAAGGUAUGAGAUCUUCUGAUUUGAAUCCUGGGCCAGAAUUUCAAGGUAUAAAAUCUGUUAUGUUCAAUCCUGUGCAGCAUUUACAAGAUGUAAAAUGUGAACUGACACCAGGGACAAAGUCUCAAGGUAUAACCUCAACAAAGUUCAACUCUGGCCCACAGCUGCAAGGGCCACAUCUUCAUGGUAUGAAUUCUGAGGAGUUGCCCUCACACCUCAGGCAGCAUAGUGUAAGAUCUGUGAUGUUUGCACCAGAGCCAUUGCCAUGUUUCCAAGAUGUGAAAUCUAUGAAGUCAAACCUAUUGCCACAACCUCAAAGUGCGAAUUCUUUAGGGUCAUCAUCAUGCCUCAGGUCACAAGGUGUUAAAUCUGAGGUCUCUGCACCAGAGCCAUAUCUUCAGAAUGUCAAAUCUGUAGAAUUGACACCAGGGUCCCAACAACAAGGUAUGAAUUGCCAAGAGUUGACUUCAGGAUUGCAAGGUGUGAAAUCAGUAGUGUCGGCACCAGAGUCAACUAAGAAGUUUAUACCAGGACCAAUGCUGACCAGUGUUAAAUUUUCAAAUUUGUCUCCAGAAUCACAGCAACAAGGUGUGAAAUAUUUGGAGUUUACUCCAGAACCAAAGUCGCAAUGCAUAAAACAAGCAGAAUUGUCUUCAGUGUCUCUGCAACAAACUAUAAAAUCUGUGGAGUUAGCACAAGAGUCACUGUUUCAAAGAGUGAAAUCUGAGGAUCUAGCUCCAAGAACAAGCUCUCAAAUGACAGACUCCUCUGAGAUAAUCCCUAGGCCAGGGUAUCAGUUUGUAGAACAUGUAGAGAUGAUUGCAAAGCCAAGGCAUCAAGUCCCUAAAUCUGUGAGUUUGAUUUCAAUACCAACUUAUCAAGUCACAGAUUCUUCAAAAAUGGCACAAAGGUUGGCAUAUCAAGGCACAGAAACUGUAGAGAAAUCUAUGAAGUUGACCCCAAAGCCAAAAGAUAAAGCCAUGAAAUCUUCAGGAAUGCCUCUGGGGCUAGAUCUUCAAGUACCAGAAUUUGUUGAUCUGACUCAAGUGCUAAGGAAUCAAGGUUCAAAAUCCUUAGCAUUAACCCUGAAGAAAAGCUACCAAAUCCCAGAUACUCUGGAGUUGAUCUCGCAGUCAGGGCCUCAAGUUAAGGACUUGGAGGAGUUACAGACUGGGCCACUGCAGCAAGUUGUGGAAUCUGAAGGGAUGACCUCAGAGCCCAAGCAUCACGUUACAGAAACUACGGGGUUGACCUUCAAGAGAAAGUGGCAAGGGGAGGAAUUUCUUGGAACAAUCCCAAAGCCAAUAAGUAAAGUCACUGAUGCAGAGAGAUCUUCAAGGCCCUAUCCUCAAGCCCGAGAAUUUGUGGAGAUGAUCUCUGAGAAAAGACCACAAAGGGAAGAAUCUAUAGCACUGAUUACAAAGUCAUUACAUGAUGUCCCAGAAUCUUCAGAGAUGACAGAAGGGCUAAGAUAUCAAGUUCCUGGAUUUGUGGGUUUGACCUCUAAGCAAUUCCUGAGGGAAGAACCUUUACAGUUGUCCCCAAAGCAAACAGGUCAAGUUGUGGGACACACAGAAUCUGUAGAGGUCACCACUGAGACAUGGCAGCAAGGGGAGAGAUCAAUGAGGCUAAUACAGUCACAGAAUCAAAGUAUGAAAUAUUCAGAAACAGCCCCAGGACGACUGGGUCAAAUUACAGAAUUUACAAGGAUUAGUUCAAAGUUACCAGAUCAAGUCACAAAAUCUACAAAGACACAGCUUCAUGUUGCUCGAGCAACAGGGGUAAAUCCAGUAGCUCCCCUCAAAGUUAUUGAAUCUGUGAAAGUGACUCCUGGGCCACCAUUUCAAGUUGUGAAGUCUGUGACAUUAACAUCAGGGCCCAACUCUCAAGUGGUAGACAAUGCUGAGUUGACUUCAAAAUUACAAGAUGUGAGACCUUCAGAGUUUACCUCAGGGAUAAGUUUGCAAAAUGCAAAAUCUAAGAAAUUAAGCACAGAACCAAAGCACCAAACUUUGGAAAGAAUGAAUUUGACAGGGUUUCAAAUUGUGAAGACUGUGGGGCCACCACUUCAAAUUGUAAAAUCUGAGGAAUUAGCACCAGGGCCAUUUCCUCAGAUUAUAGAACCAAUAGGAAUAACCCCAGGAUUGGGGCUUAAAGCAACAGAUUGUUUGGAUUUACCCCCAAGGCCACAUCUUCAAGAACCAGUAGAACCUGUAGAAUUAACUCCAAGGCCAAAUAGUGAAGUGAAGUCUGCAGAACUAACCUCACAGCCAAUAUCUGCACUCAAGGAACCUACAGUAUUGACUCAUAAACAAGGGCUUCAGGCUGUGAAAUCUAUAAGGAUAAAAACAGGGCCUCUUCAAGUCAUGGAAUCUGAGGAUCUGAAUCUAGGACAGGCGUGUCAGAAGGAGGACUCUGAGGAGAGAUCAUCAUCAGAGGAAUUACAAAUAGGGAAUUAUUUCUCUAGGUUUCUACACAACUCCUCAGACUCACUCAUCUCAAGCUCUGUUAGAACAUCUGAAUUAGGUCUUUGGGAUUCUGAGAUGCCAGAAGUAUCAAGAGCAUUGGGUAUAAAAAACCUCGGGACAGGUAUUUUGUGGCCUGAAGAGUCUUUUAUAGACCUUGCUAUGGUACAAUCGCCUGAGGAGUCUUUUAUAGACCUUGCUAUGGUACCAUCUUCAACCCUUCCCUUAUCCCUUCAUAACCAAUCCUCUGAUAAGACAGCUAACACUGUAAAAAACCCAAAUUCUGAGAUCCCAGGAGUGGAUGUCAUAUCUAAUGAAAGGAUUAAGAGGAAACAGGUGGAGGAGUCAGGGAGCUCACUCCAGAGCCCCUCGCAAGGUCCACCACAAAACUGGAGAUCACCAUCUAGGUCCUUCCAGACAGGAUUAGGGGCUCAAAGAGGCCUUUCCUGGCCUGUCCUGGGCAGGCAACGGAAUGUCUGGGAGAGUCACUCCUGGAGGCAGCGACUACCUAGAAAAUAUCUCUCCAAUAUGCUAACGCUGGGGAAUGUCUUGGGGACCACCAUGGAAAGGAAGCUUUAUUCUCAAACAUUUUUAACAGAAAGAGCCACUGCAGAUACCUGUCAAUCUAUUCAGAAUUUAUUUGGGGUUCCAGCUGAACUGAUGGAGUUUUCCCAGAGUCUGCCUGAGAAGGAUCAAAGUACUAUUUCUCAGCCUUCAGUGGUCAAAAACUACAUUCAGAGACAUACUUCAUGCCAUGGUCAUGAGAAAAGAAUGGCCUUAAGGAUGUGGACACGUGGCUCCAUGUCCUCCAUAAUACAGCACUACUCUGGGACUAGAAGGAGAAUAAAGAAAACAAACUCAAAGCCCUGUGAUAUAUCCCAGGAAGUCAUUCAGCACAUGCCUGUUUCAUGUACAGAGAGUCAGCUUCCUGCCCCAGCAAAGUCAGAGUCUUCCUUCAACAUAUAUUUUGCUAGGAGAGAUUCUGUUCCAGUGGAAGAGAGUGAGAACUCACAGAGUGAUUCACAAACAAGGAUUUUUGAGUCCCAACACUCCCUGAAGCCAAGUUAUCUUUCCCAGGCCAAGACUGACUUCUCAGAACAGUUCCAGCUGCUACAAGAUCUGCAGCUAAAAAUAGCAGCAAAACUGUUAAGGAGUCAAAUACCCCCCAAUGUACCUCCACCUUUAGCUUCAGGUCUGGUCCUAAAAUACCCUAUCUGCCUACAGUGUGGCCGAUGUUCAGGAUUUAAUUGCUGUCAUAAAUUACAGGCCACUUUUGGGCCAUACCUUCUUAUCUAUCCACAGCUUCACCUUGUAAGCACUCCUGAAGGCCAUGGAGAGAUUAGGUUGCACCUUGGCUUUAGGCUGAGAACUGGGAAAAGACCCCAAGUCCCAAAGUAUCAUAGAAGAGAUAGAUCCAUCACACCAAAGAGCCUUAGAUCAACAUCACUAAGGAAAGCUAAAGGCUAUACUAGAGUUUCCAAAAGUCCUACUUCUACAAUAGACUUCCAGCCUGGGUCUUCCCAGUCUCCUGCUCCUAUACAAGUCCACAUCAAGCGAAGGCAAGGUGGCAGCCCUGGCCUAGUAGAAAAGACAGAAAUUAGAGAGCCUGGACACUAUGAAUUCACUCAAGUUCACUCUCUAUCAGAGGGUGACUCUGAAAGCAAUCAGGAUGAAAAGUGGGCUAAAGUGAGAACCAAAAAGACCCAUGAUUCAAAAUAUCUAAUGAAAAGAAUCCCCAGGGGAGUUAGAACACAAAACACAAAGUUCUACACAAAUGGUAGAGCCAUAAUACAGAGUUCCUCUAGCGAAUUACCAAGCCAGUUAAGAAGGAAGAGGAGUGGAACAUCUCAGACAAGUACCGCCUCUUUAAAAAGACAACCGAAUAAAUCCUCCCAACCAAAAUUCAUUCAACUGCUUUUUCAGGGCCUAAAGCAGGCAUUCCAGACAGCACACAGAAUUAUGGCUUUGGUUGGGCAGAAGCCUGAGGACAGGACAAGGCCAGACCAUUACUGGUCAAGCAAAAACUACCAUCCAAAACAAAAAGCCAGAGACUAUUGCUUAUCAAGAGACAUCAAAGGACACAGGAUGCCAACUCUCAAGCUAAGGCCAACAAACUCAACCACUAAGCAGGAGAGCACACUGUGGGGAGAAACAGACCAAUUCAGAUCAGCUCAACAACCAAGAGAUAGCUCUUUCCAAUCCAGACCUAUACAGCUGCCCAUGCCCAUAGUUUCCCAAAGAAGUACCACUCUCAAAAACACCUCAAGCAGCCAGCCUUUGGGUCCUGUUCAAAACGACAGUAGCAGCAGAGUUAAGAAAAACUUUAAAAGAAAUGAAAUCUCUAGCCAGGAAUCCAAGAACUCCAAAUCGGGAACCAGAGUUCAUGCUGGAGGGAGAUUCUUACAUGGUUCCCUUAUGAAGAGAACCUCACACAGUCAACUUAAAGAGAAACCCACACACAAGGAACGAAAUCACCAUAGUUUCUGUAGGGGAGGAACCCCGUGUAAUUCUUCUGGAAGGAGCCAAUAUAGUCCCUUUGAGAGGGGCCACCGCAGCGCCUCUGAGAGGGGUCAUCGCAGCGCCUCUGGGAGGGGCCACCGUAGCGCCCCUGAGAGGGGCCACCGCAGCGCCCCUGAGAGGAGCCACCGCAGCGCCUCUGAGAGGGGUCAUCUCAGCGCCUCUGAGAGGGGUCAUCUCAGUGCCUCUGAGAGGAGCCACCGCAGCGCCUCUGAGAGGGGCCACCGCAGCGCCCCUGAGACGGGUCAUCUCAGUGCCUCUGAGAGGGGUCACCGCAGCGCCCCUGAGAGGGGUCAUCUCAGUGCCUCUGAGAGGGGUCAUCUCAGCGCCCCUGAGAGGGGUCAUCUCAGCGCCUCUGAGAGGGGUCAUCGCAGCGCCUCUGAGAGGGGUCAUCGCAGCGCCUCUGAGAGGGGCCACCGCAGCGCCUCUGAGAGGGGUCAUCUCAGUGCCUCUGAGAGGGGUCAUCGCAGCGCCUCUGGGAGGGGCCACCGCAGCGCCUCUGAGAGGGGUCAUCUCAGUGCCUCUGAGAGGGGUCAUCGCAGCGCCUCUGGGAGGGGCCACCGCAGCGCCUCUGAGAGGGGUCAUCUCAGUGCCUCUGAGAGGGGUCAUCGCAGCGCCUCUGAGAGGGGCCACCGCAGCGCCUCUGAGAGGGGUCAUCUCAGUGCCUCUGAGAGGGGUCAUCGCAGCGCCUCUGGGAGGGGCCACCGCAGCGCCUCUGGGAGGGGUCAUCUCAGUGCCUCUGAGAGGAGCCACCACAGUGCCUCUGAGAAGGGUCAUCACAGUCCCUCUGAGAGGAGAUGUCACAGUCCCUCUGAGAGGAGGUGUCGCAGUCCCUCUGAGAGGAGGUGUCGCAGUCCCUCUGAGAGGAGAUGUCGCAGUCCCUCUGAGAGGAGGUGUCGCAGUCCCUCUGAGAGGAGGUGUCGCAGUCCCUCUGAGAGGAGGUGUCACAGUCCCUUGGAGAGGAGCAAUCGCAGUCUUUUUGAGAAAAUCCGUCGCAGUCCCUCUGAGAGGAGAGGACACAGCGCUUCUGAGAGAAGACAGCACAGGCCCUCUGAGAGGAGUAGACACAGUCAUUCUGAAAGGAGUGCACAAAGUCCCUCUGAGAGGAGCCACCACAGUCCCCUCCAGGAGAGACUCAAGUACAGCUUCCCUAGGGAGAGGCCAGAUAGUUUGGGUAAAGAUUUCAAGAGUAACCAAACAUGCCUCCUAGAGACCACACCAAAAAACCCCAAAGGAGGGCCAGUUUGGAGGCCUGACGCUAGAAGAUGGGAAGAGACCCGCCCCCAUUAUCCACUGCCUCCCUCAAGUCUCCACCGAGCUGCCCUUCCUGGCUUCUUUCCUGCUCAGCCACGGCCUCCACUUCCUGCGCCCUCAGCAAUGAAAGAGCUUCCACGUCUCUCUACCUGGGGGGAGGGAGGGCGGGAAUGGCCCCCUCGGAAGCUGCUAGGCGGAAGUAGACGUUCGGCAGCGGGCUCGCGGCGCCUACUCCACAUCCGGGAGCGGAGAGGAGAGCGGAAGUGGCGUUGA